CAGGGCGCGGCCGUCUCGAUCCUCGCGGCUUCCUACAUAGUUUCGAGUUGUUUCUUUCCUUUUUCUUUUUUCUUCCCCCGCCGUUUCUCUCUUCCCUGCCAUUAAUUUCCCUCGCUCUGGAAGGCGUCGAGUGUUUUGUGUGUUUGUUUGUUUGUUUGUCCAUCGCCACCUUAGCAGCGAGACCUGUUGCGCGCUCUGCUUCAAAUGGUUCACGUCGUCCAGCAGCCGUCUACACUCUUGCUUCGGCAUAAUCAGAAUAACCGACAACCGAGUACAGCUGUGAUAUCGCAGCUCUGCUCAACACUGACCCUACCACGAUGAAGCGAGGCACGCCAAAGCUGCCGGUCCAGCAGUUUGUGAUAUUGUCAAUAUGCCGCUUCGCUGAGCCUGUCAUCUUCACAUCUGUCUUUCCAUAUCUUCCUGAAAUGAUUCGCAGCCUUGGCGUUCCCAAGAAAGAAGUUUCGAAAUGGGUGGGAUUUACAUCCGCCAUAUUCUCGAUAUGCCAAUGCCUCACAGCAGUCUCAUGGGGCAACUUAUCAGAUCGAAUCGGCCGCAAACCAAUCAUCCUCAUAGGACUUUUCGUUACAAUGACAUUUAGCAUCAUCUUCGGUCUCUCAAAAUCGUUGCCGAUGGCCAUAUUGGCGCGUGCUUGUAUAGGUCUCGGAAACGGGAACGUUGGUAUUAUCAGAACCGUUGUUGCGGAACUGGUUCCCGAGAAGGAACUCCAACCACGAGCAUUUAGCCUGAUGCCUCUCGUCUGGACCAUCGGCAGUAUUUUCGGGCCUGCAUUUGGCGGAGCUCUGGCGGAUCCGGCAAAAAGGCAUCCUGAGGUUUUUGGCCACAUUGAAUUCUUCAAAAAAUAUCCUUUUGCUUUGCCAAACAUCGCUGCUUCAGUCUUCUUUAUCAUUGGUAUCGAAACGUUGGAGUCCAGGAAAUAUAAACGUGAUUAUGGUCUUAUGUUCGGUGACAUGCUGAUAGGAGCCUGCUGCGGACGACGAACGAAACCAAAGACAGCUUCGCCAGUUGAUGACGAAAGAACACCGCUUCUAAAUGGAGACAGAACCUCUCGUUCCGAAAUACCACACCAGAAAAAAAGUGAAGGGAAACCUGCAAAGCUGACAUGGGCUGAAAUUCUCUCACCUCAAUCUCAACUCAUCCUUCUAGAGUAUGCUGCGCUAGGAUUACACUCCCUAGCGUUUGAUUCAGUGUUCCCCGUCUUUUUGAAUUAUCCCGUGGAAGAAUCCGGUGGGCACAUAGGCAUGAAGCUACCAUUCAAGUUUGCCCGUGGAUUUGGGAUAGACUCCCAAGCCAUCGGAAUUCUAUACACUCUAAACGGAAUUAUUGGCAUGAUUGUUCAGUUCUUCAUCUUUCCCUAUACGGCGAAUCGUUAUGGAGUCCUUUACUGUCUCAAAAUAACCUCCCUCGGAUUCCCUCUUGUUUACGCCCUCAUCCCCUUCACGGCAUUAUUUCCGACGGACGCUACUCGCCAAAUUGCUGCUUUCAUACUUUUAUGUGCAAAACUCGGCUGUGUAGUUUUCGCUUUCCCAUGCUGCACUAUCCUUCUUACCAACUCCGCUCCUAGCGUCCAGGUUCUGGGUACAUUGAAUGGAGUGGCAACGAGUGUUGCCGCGAUUGGAAGAGCCGUUGGCCCCGCGUUUAUCGGUGCCGUCUUCUCUAUCGGUGUGAAAAUGGGGUACAUGAUUUUCCCGUGGUGGACACUGGCAAUUAUAGGACUGCUGAGUGCUGUGCCUGUCUUCUGGGUCAUAGAAACUGACGGUUUUGCGGGCGCUUCUCUGGAUGACGAUGAUGGUAGUGACGAUAGUGAGAGUGAACAGCCAUAUGAGGAGGCCCCGACAAGCUAUAUUUCCGGGGGAAAUGAGGGCCUUAUUGUGGAGCGAGUGAACAGCAAAGCAACUGAUGCAGAGACGUUACGGAUUUGUGAAAAUGCAGCGAAUGAUUCGGAGUCAGACCAUGAUGAUACUGAAAACACCAGAAUUAAGGAUUACUCGUCGAUUGACGAUCCACGACGGGGAUUACGACCCAAUAACUAG